GUGAAAGUGAUGUGAAGAUGGAGCUGGAGCCGACCGACGCUGACGCGAUACGGGUCGAGACGUUGGCAAACGAGAAUUCAGGUGUAAGUGCUAAAGCGAAUGCGGCGGGGCCAACUACUACUAUUACAACAACAACAACUACAACAACAACAACAAUAACGGUACCAGCACCAGUUGCAACAAUAAUAACAAAUCCUACAACCGCAACGAUCAACGUAUCACUUAGUCGACAACAACAACAACAACAUCAUCAUCAACAACAACAGCAGCAACAACACCAACAACCACAACACGAACAACACCAACUACAACAGCAACAACCGAAACCACCACACCGCCAACAACAACAGCAUCAGGCGCAACAAAUGCAACACUCGCUCGUUGGAAGCGAUUUCAAAAUGGAAAAUUGUUAG